GGGAGACCGGAUAUAGUGAAUGCAGGGUCCGGGGAGACCAGAUAUAGUGAAUGCAGGGUCCGGGGAGACCAGAUAUAGUGAAUGCAGGGUCCGGGGAGACCAGAUAUAGUGAAUGCAGGGUCCAGGGAGACCGGAUAUAGUGAAUGCAGGGGUCCGGGGAGACCAGAUAUAGUGAAUGCAGGGUCCGGGGAGACCAGAUAUAGUGAAUGCAGGGUCCGGGGAGACCAGAUAUAGUGAAUGCGGGGUCCGGGGAGAACGGAUAUAGUGAAUGCAGGGUCCUAGGAGACCAGAUAUAGUGAAUGCAGGGUCCGGGGAGACCAGAUAUAGUGAAUGCAGGGAGACCGGAUAUAGUGAAUGCAGGGUCCGGGGAGA